CUGGGUGGAGUGAUGGACAGAAACACACCCAGGUUUACACACAGAGAACGGGAAGCAGCCACAGUGGGGAAUCGAUUAUACACGCUGGUUAACACACGUACAGCUGAAGUGAACAGCGUUAAAAAGGAUACAGCAAGAUGACUGAAACCGUGCUGGACACAUUUAAAGGCAUCAAAUACAAGCCUGGCCUACAGAUAUGGACUAUAAAUGAUAUGAAAAUGGUUCCCGUGCCAGAACAAGCUUUCGGGAAUUUCUUUGAAGGAGACUGUUACAUGGUUCUCUAUGGAGGGCCAGAGAAUGCUCGCUCCAUGGACAUCCAUUACUGGAUAGGGAACAGCUCCUCUCAGGAUGAGCAGGGGGCCGCGGCCAUCUACGUAACGCAGCUGGACGAAAGUUUGGGCGGCAGCCCAGUGCAGCACCGGGAGGUUCAGGGCUGUGAAUCAGCCAAGUUUAAAGGUUACUUCAAAAAAGGCAUAAUAUAUAAAAAAGGAGGUGUGGGGUCAGGGUUCAAACACGUCGAGACCAACGUCUAUGACAUUUUGCGUCUGCUGCACGUCAAAGGCCGGAAGGAUGUCACUGCCAUGGAGGUGGAUGUGUCCUGGACGAGCUUCAACACUGGGGAUGUCUUUCUGCUGGACAUGGGAAAAAACAUUGUGCAGUGGAACGGCCCUCAGAGCAACAGACAGGAGAGAUUAAAGGCAUGCAUGCUAGCUCAGGACAUCAGGGAUAGAGAGAGAGGGGGGCGAGCACAGAUCGGAAUAGUAGAGGGGGAAAAAGAAGAAGACUCCCCUGAACUGAUGAAGGUCAUGAUAUCUGUGCUGGGCCAGAGGACUGGACCACUGAAAGAGGCCGUCCCUGACGACACACCAAACCAAUACCAGACUGCUAAUGUCAAACUUUACCAGGUAUCAGAUGCCAGUGGUAAGCUAGUAGUACAGGAGGUGGCUUCUAGUCCACUGACCCAAAACCUUCUGCAGUCUGAUGCCUGCUACAUUGUAGAUAUAGGAGGUGUCUCUUUGGCAGUGUGGAAAGGAAAGAAGGCUAGUGAACAGGAAAGGCGUUCAGCCCUUCAACAGGCAGUGGGAUAUAUAAAAGCCAAAAGCUAUCCCCCCACCACUCACGUGGAAGUGAUGAGUGAAGGUGCAGAAUCCGCCAUGUUUAAACAACUCUUCAAGUCUUGGAAAGAGGCAGGCCAAACCCAGGGCCUGGGGAAAACCUACACCAGGGGCAAGAUAGCCAAAGUAGACCAGGUGAAGUUUGACGUCAUGGAGCUUCAUGCUGAGCCUAAACUGGCUGCACAGGAGCGGAUGGUGGAUGAUGCUUCUGGAGAAGUACAGAUUUGGCGUAUAGAGCACAUGGAGCUUCAGGAGGUACCACCCAGUACUUACGGGCAGUUUUAUGGAGGAGACUGUUACCUAGUGCUCUAUACCUACAACAGAGCCAACAAACCACAGUACAUCCUCUACAUGUGGCUGGGUCGUCAUGCCACACAGGACGAGAUAACAGCAUGUGCAUACCAGGCAGUGAAUGUAGAUAACAAAUAUAAUGGAGCUCCUGUUCAGGUCAGGGUGACCAUGGGCAAAGAGCCACGCCAUUUUCUGGCCAUCUUUAAGGGAAAACUCGUCAUCUAUGAGGGUGGGACAGGAAAACCUGGCGUGGUAAACCCUGAUCCCGGGGCCAGGCUCUUCCAGGUUAGAGGAACGGAUGAAAUGAAUACCAAGGCUACAGAAGUGCCAGCCAGAGCCUCUUCUCUCAACAGCAAUGAUGUCUUUCUUCUGAAAACAAAGGACGUGACGUACAUGUGGUAUGGCAAGGGCUGCAGUGGUGAUGAACGGGAGAUGGGGAAGACUGUGGCUGACGUACUUUCAAAGGAGGACAAGCAGAUUGUGAUGGAGGGCCAAGAGCCGGCACAGUUCUGGGUGGCCCUGGGUGGAAAAGCGCCAUACGCCAGCGACAAGAGGUUUGAGAAGGCGGUGCCAUCGCACAGUCCCCGCCUUUUUGAGUGUUCUAACCAGACGGGCCAAUUCCGUAUGAACGAGGUGGCUCAUUUCACCCAGGACGACCUGGAUGAGGACGAUGUCAUGCUGCUGGACACCUGGGAUGAGAUUUUCCUGUGGAUUGGCAACUCUGCCAACCAAUACGAGAUCCAGGAAUCUCACAACAGUGCAUUAGACUAUCUGAAGACCCAUCCAGCAGGCCGCGACCCUGAUACCCCCAUCAUCUCAGUGAAACAGGGCUACGAGCCGCCUACGUUCACAGGAUGGUUCAACGCUUGGGACACUCACAAGUGGAGUGGCGGUUUGUCAUAUGAGGAGAUGAAGAGUAAACUGCCUGCCUCAGGAUCAGUUUCACAGAUCACUCUGAGUUUGAACAACACAGUCUUGAACAGGAAGUCAGUGGGUGGAGACGUGCCCAGCAGUGCCCCUGGAGGACCCAUCACUGAAUUCUCCUCUCAGAACUCCAAAUCCCAAAAUCCUCGACCCCCCACGAGCAGCGCCGGCCCACGCGUCGAUAUGCCUCAUGUUAAAGCUCAAAGCUCAGCUAAUUUGAGUCCUGAACAGCUGAUCAAUAAGAGUUCCAGUGAGCUUCCUCAGGGAGUGGACCCCAGCAAGCGAGAGGAGUAUCUGAGUGAUGCAGACUUUGAAGGUCUCCUCGGCUGCACCAAAAAUGAUUUCCAGCGCUUGCCGAAGUGGCGUCAGAGUGACCUGAAAAAGAAAGCUGGGCUUUUAUAAUUAAAAAAAAAACUGAAAAGAAGCCUCUUUCUCCUAAUGGGCAUAACUGGCUAAAAUACAAAGAAUACAUUAGAAACAUUCUCAAAAAUGCUUAUCAGAUAAACAUCUAAUAAUAUUACUGCGACAUCAAAUCAAUAUAAUUGAAACAAAUAUGUGUUUUUGAAAAUUUGCUUGCAGAAAUGCCUUUUAUAUGCUUUUUGAUAGCUAUGACAUAUUUAUGCCUGAGAAUAAAUGUUUGCUGUGUGUAAAUGCUA